GUCCGCGGAUCCGUCCCUCUUUCCAACCCAACCCGAGCCGCCAUUGACGAUACUUCCUUUCCCUUGCUCCAAUUCUAUCUUCUUAGAGAUUCCGCAAUUUCCGAUCCGCCGAGAAAUGCUGUUUGCUUAGAAGGAAACCGCGAGAAAAAAGAAAAGAAAGUCGAAAGACCAAAGUCGUUGAAGAAGAUGAGGUCGUCUUCGGAGAGAAUCAACAUUGCUGCAAGCGCUCAGAAACUUUCUGUCGAUAAUCGGAUUUCUCUCCGUUAUUACUAUCGGAUCGCUGAUAAUAUUCUCAAGCAGGGCAACAUCUUUCGAGAAGAAAACAAUAUCAUAGAUCUGUAUGUUAUGCUCCUCAGAUUCUCAAGCUUGGUCUCUGACACAAUACCGUGCCAUCGAGAUUAUAGAUCAUCUCCUAAAAGCAAAAAAGAUUACUUGAAGAAGAGUUUGUUGAAUGCCAUAAUUGAGCUGGAGGAUUUGAAGCCAGCAGUGCAACAGAAGGUCAAUGAAUUGAACCGAAAAUAUGCACAUCAAACAAACAGGAGGACCCAGUAUAAUCAAAAGGAUUCACUGGAGUGGCCUUCUGCAAAAAAGCAAACUUUUAGAGUGCAUGAUGUAACCAGGCCAGCGAGAUCAACUGUGCAAGGAUCCACAUACGGGAAUGCAAGGGUUCAGCAGUUGUCUUAUCCAAGUCCAGUGGAAGAUCGGUUUCGUAAAUUAUCUCUUAGACCGCGCCCAAAUGAUGAUACACUCUCCAGGCAUUCUAUUUUGGGCCCAAAUGGACUUCACGGGCAGUGGCAGCCACCUACAGCUGAUAAAGGGAUCCGGUAUCCAAGCAUUACAGACCUGAGUCCUAUUGAAAUUCGAAGCCAGCAGCCCGUCGAACAAGAACGUACAAGUAACAAAGAUGGUAGCUGCUUAGAACAUGAAAGACUACCUCUGGAGUCGACUCCUACCCAGACUAAUGAUGAUAAUCAUACAAGUCAAAUUGAGGAAUCAUGUUCUCUAAUUUCCUUUGAAGAAACAGAAACUCCUGCACGCUUAGAAGUUAUCAGACAGCCUUCGCCACCACCUGUACUUGCUGAAGUACAAGAUUUGAUCCCUGCAGUUUCCUCCCAAAUGUCUGAAGCAGAAUGUGGAGUGGAUGUGCUUUCAGCAGAUGAAUCUAUUCGUGCUGAGUCCCCCCUCCAAUUACACAUUUCCACAACCAUGAUGGAGAACUUUAUGAAGCUGGCAAAGUCGAAUACUGAUAAGAACUUAGAAACUUGUGGUGUCUUAGCAGGUUCACUGAAAAACAGAAAAUUUUAUGUUACAGCUCUCAUCAUUCCAAAACAGGAAUCAACAUCAGAUUCUUGUCAGACCACAAACGAAGAGGAUAUAUUUGAAGUUCAGGAUAAGCGGUCUCUUUUCCCCCUUGGGUGGAUUCAUACGCAUCCUACCCAGUCUUGUUUCAUGUCGUCGAUUGAUCUUCAUACCCACUAUUCAUAUCAGAUUAUGUUGCCAGAAUCUGUUGCAAUUGUCAUGGCUCCUAGAGAUACUUCGAGAAACCAUGGCAUUUUCCGGUUGACAACUCCUGGUGGCAUGUCCGUUAUUAGACAAUGCCAGCAACGCGGAUUUCAUCCGCAUGAUCCGCCUCCGGAUGGUGGGCCUCUUUACAAGACUUGUACAGAUAUUUACAUGAACCCCAAUCUAAAAUUUGAUGUCAUUGAUCUUCGUUGAUCGCCUUUACUCUGGUGGUGUAUGUUUUACUGAUGCAAUUGUUCAUAGCUUACGUGUAUGCAAUUAUUGAAUUUCUCAUUAGGAUCAACCUGGACAAUGUCGGAGUACUUGUCUCUGUAUAGAGAAAACGUUAUACUGCCAGCUGGCAGCAUAUGUAUUGCAUGUGUAGCAUCACUUGGCUAGUUCUUGAACACGAAUAGCCUGCAUUCACAAAAGAGUUGGAUCUCUGUGUUUUUCAUUCACUAGCCAAUUAAACAUAAGAUCCAAAUAUUGUUGUAAAACCAUUGAUCCUUUUUUUUUUUUUUUAAUAGAAAUAAAAGCAUUGCAUUUCAU